AUGAGGUCCGUCAUCGGUAUUCCAGCAGUGCUCGCUCUUGUGUAUCGUGCCUGGUCUCGCAAGUCACUGACGCCACUGGGUCUGGUGGUGGCCGGAGCGUCCGGGGCCGCACACGUCUUGCACCCAUGGUCAACACCCUUUGCCCUGCUCGCGAUAUUUUACUUCGGAGGCACGAAGGUGACCAAGGUAAAACACGAAAUCAAAGCGCGGUUAACACUCUCAGCCAGCGGCGCAGAUGGUGAAGGUCCUCGGAAUCAUAUCCAGGUACUGGCCAACUCAGUCGUUGCAACAGUGCUUAGUAUAGCUCAUGCGAUCGUUCUCAACAACUCGUCCUCGGAUUCGUGUUUCUCUCUCGGCCACAAUGCGGCGGAUAUCCUCAUGGUUGGAAUAGUGGCAAACUACGUCGCCGUCGCCGCUGACACCUUCUCCUCAGAACUGGGCAUCCUAUCCAAAUCCAAGCCUCGUCUCAUUACGUCCCUGAACCUGCGUGAAGUGCCUCCGGGUACAAACGGCGGUGUGACUGCCGCUGGACUCGGAGCUGGUCUACUUGGGUCAUUCACUGUCGCUCUUACAUCUGGAAUCUUGCUUCCAUUCUGUCCAGGGAGAUCGGGGAUUAAGGAGCGUGCGCUGUGGACUGUGGCUCUGACAUUCUGGGGCUUGUUGGGAAGUGUGCUGGACAGUGUUCUUGGUGGGCUUCUACAGGCGAGUGUCGUGGAUAAAAGAAGUGGCAAAGUCGUAGAAGGUAACGGCGGUCAAAAGGUUCUUGUUCAUCCUGCUGCCACCAAGCCAGGCAGUUCGGAGAGUACAUCCGCAGAAUCCACAGGCAGUCAACCCCACUCAGCCGAACCUGGUGCCAGUUUACGAAGCAGCCGUGCGACGGGCGCACAGGUGGGACCUCACAGUGAUGCAAGUCAUGAGAGCCGACGUAUUGAAAGCGGCCAUGAUUGGCUAGAUAACAACGGGGUGAAUGUGCUUAUGGCGGCCACUAUGAGCUUGGGGGCCAUGGGAAUUGCCCGGAUCGUUUGGGGCGUGGAUGUUCGAGAGCUACUACAAUUGGCCUAG